CUUGUGAAUCUGAGCCCUAGCCAAAGACUCCCACAAGGAUUUUCCCUUGUUAAACAGAAGAGAACUUUGGAGCAAUCGAAACUGAAACAGAUGAUUCUCUGCCUCUGCUUUUGGACUCGGGCCCAGCAUCCAGAGUCACUCUUGCCUCUCCAGUGGCUGCAGCAGCAUCCAUUUCUCCACCAUCCCGGGAGCCAUUUCCAAGCUCCUGGCCAGGACCAUAUCACGGCAACCUGGUCCUCAGACAGUCAUGGCACUUAGCAGCCUCUCAGAUGAUGUAACGUCCUUUAUUGCUGAAUAAUUCUCCCUCCUGCAUACCUGCAACUCUUCUAUAGAUGAACAUUUAGGUGGGCUCCAUAACUUGUUGGACGGAUGACUAUUUUUUGUAGAACCCAAGAGAUGAAGGGCUUCCUCACACUGGCUUGGAUCCUGGCUUGCAGUGUGCCUGCAGUGCCCGGGGGCUUGCUGGAACUGAAGUCCAUGAUUGCAAAGGUGACUGGGAAGGAUCCAAUAAUGAACUAUGGCUUCUAUGGUUGCUACUGUGGCUGGGGCGGCAAAGGAACCCCCAAGGAUGGUACUGAUUGGUGCUGUCGGAUGCAUGACCGCUGUUAUGGGGAACUGGAGGAGAACGGCUGUAGCAUCUGGACCCAAUCCUAUGACUACAGAGUCAUACAGGGGUUGGUCACCUGCGAAUACACGUCCUACUGUCCAGGGAAGCUUUGUGACUGUGACCGGAAACUGGUCUACUGCCUGAAGAGAAACCUCUGGAGCUACAAUUCUCUUUACCAGUAUUACCCCAACUUCCUCUGCUAAUGCCCUGGGUGGGCUCUGCUCCGGGGGUGCCCCUCACAGCCGAGACCCCCCCACCCCAUCCCCGAUGUAUCCCUGAUGCAUGCCCCCAAGGUCUUGGAUCUGUCUUCCUCUGUAUUCCACUGGGCUGGACAGAUCCCCAGGACUACACUUCGUUCUCUGGAGUCCCAGAGAGGGAAUUCUGAUCCAGGCUUGGCAAACUCCCAGGAUGGCUGAGCCUGCACUUGUGAAGUUGGAUCUGGGCCCGGAAGCUCCCCCAGCUCCAGGCCAGUGCCAUGUUAACUUUUCUUUCAAUUUCUGGACCUGAACUCUCAUUACCACCCUCCAGAGACCCUUUACUCGAGUAGAAGCCAAAUUAACUCUAUAAAUCUGCUUUGUAGACAUUAAAUAAAAACCCAUUCUCAAGGCUACUAAACACCAUCCAGCAUUUCCUCUGAUGGGGCUGGGGUAGGGUUGCCUGAACCUUUCUAGCCCCUGAGGCACCUGCAUCCCUCAGGGAUGGAGGUGGAAACAGGCCUUCUGAGAUGCCUUCUGAGUUUUGUCUGAGUUCAUUUUCUUAAACCUUGGCAUCCUUCAAGCCAGACCUGGGGCUCAUGCUUCUUCUAGAGGGAGAUGAGACACAGUCCUGUGCCACCUUGGGCUCCUGGCUAGAGGGCAGCAUCCGGCUCCCAGCCCUGGCUUCUGUAGCUGUGUGGUCUUGAACCUCUGGGUAGUCUGAAUCUCUCUGAUUUUCCUCAAGAUAUAAAAUGAGACUCCCCCUAGGAGCAUACUGGUGCACACCCCUAAUCCCAUCACCCGGUAGGUGGAGGAGGCUGGAGAGUCAAG